UGCGUUAUGCCAUUGUUUUGUUUAUCUUAGCAAUUGUGGUAUUCGUGUAAAGGUGUAAAAUGGAGGAACCGUGACUUUUUGCCAUGUUGCAUCUACAAAAGUUUUAUAAUGCUGUCUUCUAAGAAAAAGGAUUUGAAAUAUUUGAGUGAUGGUGUUGCUGGAAAAUAUGUAAAGAAAGAUACUCCUCCUGAUUUGCCAAUUGUCAAUGUAUGGACUCCAGUAAGUCAUCAACCGCCAACCAAAAAAAUAGUUUCACUCACUCGGAAGUUGUCAGACAAAAGCACCAAAGAAACAAAACCGAUUCCCAAACCUGCUCCUCAGCCAACUUCGCUGGCUCAAAAAUGUGCCAUAGCAUCGCAAAGUCAGAUGCCAGCUGCAUCCAAAGUAACUCAUCCAAGUCUUCCCGUCAGUCAAGAUAUAGGACCACUUCAACGACCCUCUCCUUUGCUACAGCACAAUCCAGUUGCAUCCAUUGGAGCUCAAAGAGGUUUACAUAGCCCCCCUCAAAGUCCUACUCCCACUCCACCUCCUUUUUCAGGAAAAGUUUCGCCCGUUAACAAAGCAGAGAAUGUUGUAAGCAGGCUGUGCACCAGUGCAUCUGAAAAUUUUCUUCGUGGAAGCUCCUUUGGGCAGUCAUCUGACACUGACAACCAUUCUGUGCAACAAAUCAGUCUGCCUCGCUAUCAGUCUCACAUAUAUGUUAAUCAUUAUGUGACAAAUUCAAAUGCUGAAAAUGAAUGUAGAGUAUAUGAGGUUGACAAUGAUGGUGUCCAAAUCAAAGAUACGGAUAUUCAAAACAACCUUAGAUGUGUUACUGUUCCUGCAGCUGUUUCUAUUAUUGAAGUACCUGGAAAUGCGACAUUUGAAAAUGAAAAUCCUCCUGAAAUUGCAUAUCAGCAAGAUGACAGCAUCCAGAUACAUUUGUACCACCAGCAAAUAAGGCAGCAAUACUGUCCUGAGACACCCACAGAUGCUGCAGAUCAAAUUCAUUUUGAUCUGCCAUCAAGUUUGUCGAACAUCUGCCAUCUUCCAGGUAAAUCAUUUCAACAUACAUAUCAGAAUAUCCUUCCUGAAAGCUCUGUCCAGCUACCAUACUCGGCUGCUUUUGUGACCACUUCCAGAGUUCCCCAAUCUCUGGCCAGCAGUAGCAACAUUCAGCACCCACCUUUUGCAGCUUUACCUCCUAUACCUAGUCCAUCUUCUCAGCAGCUAAUUCCUGUUGGCAGCUCUGUGCCCUCCACAUCAACUGUAUCCAUCAUUCCAUCGAGUACAGGUGGAAUACUUCCAGGUGCUGAUGAAAUGCCACUUCCGCCAGGUUGGUCCGUUGACUUCACGAUGCGGGGCCGGAAGUAUUAUGUCGAUCAUAAUACAAAGACCACUCAUUGGAGUCAUCCUCUCGAGAAGGAGGGGCUACCAACCGGAUGGGAAAGGAUAGAAUCUCCAGAUACUGGAAUUUAUUAUGUUAAUCACAUUACAAAAUUUGCUCAGUAUGAGCAUCCUUGUGCCCCUCAAUAUGGGCAGACCAGUGCCAUUAUGUAUCAAGCUUCUCUUCUCAGCCAAAAUAGGCAGCUUCCUCCAAGACAUACAAAUUUUCACCAACACAAUUCUUUAGUUCCUGCUAAUCCCUAUCUCACGGAAGAAAUUCCUCAUUGGCUGUAUGUGUAUUCCAAAGCUCCUCUGGAACUGGAUCACAAGCUGAAGUGGGAGUUAUUUAGACUGCCUGAAUUAGACUGCUUUCAAGCCAUGUUAAAUAGACUUCACAGACAAGAGCUUGAAAGUAUUGUUAUGAGCUACGAAGCAUAUCGACUUGCACUUCUGAAAGAAAUGGACAGAUGCUUGAAAGAAAAGGAAGAAAGAAACUCUAAUUAAAAUCAUUUAGCAAGCAAAUAUCUAUCCUAUUUAUUUUUAUAUCUGUAUGGAAAUAUUUACAAAAUUCUAGUGAUAUGUGGUUGUGAUAAAACUGCAGAAUCAUUUUUAUCCAAAAUUUCGAGCUUAAUCUAAGAAUGUGUGUGUUUGAAAGUAUGAAUUGGUUUGAAGAUGAGUGUUGGUAACUAUUUUUAAAUGUUGAGUGGCACUUAAAGAUGAUGUUUUUUAAUAAUAAUUAUUUCAAAAUGCUUUGAAAGACAACGUAGAAGUUUUCUUGUAUUUAAAAUGGAGCUAAAUGUCAUUGGAAACUAAUGUUAUAAAAGUGGCAUUUUCAAAUGUACUCUAAUUUAAAAUCUUGAAUUACGUGAAAUUGUCUUUACCUCAUGCUUGGGUUCAGAAUCGUACUUCCAGUCAUAAAUUAAAAUAAUAACCAAAAUGUCUUACGAGUUUGCUGUAAUAUUUGUCAACAUUUCAUCCAUCACUUAUAAUCAGGGACUGACAAAAAUCGCAAAAUCUUAGACACCAAGGAACAUUUUAGGCUCCUGCCAGAUUAUUCUUCAGAUUUUAUAGAAAAUAUUAGUGUAACAGGACUUCUGAAAGAUUCUUGUCACCACACACACAGAACUGGUAACUCGGGCAAAUUUUGUUAGUCUUCUUAACAAACUGGAACCCAGAGUUGUUGGACCCUGCUUAUAACACUUAUUGCCCUGCUUAUAACAACUGUAUUGUUGGAGUUUGUUUAACUACAUGACAAGGUGUUAUUAUCAUUAUUUGUAAAAAUUAUCUUUUCCUUUAACUCCUUACGUAACAAAAUCGUGUUUUUUCAGGAAUGGAAAGAAUUGACUACUUGAAAACAAGCUCUUCAAGUCUGAUCUUAAAAUACUUUGGAUCUUAAUUUUCCAUCAACAGGGCACAAAUUUCAAAUUUGAUGUAACUGCUUCUGAUUGGCUUUUCUUCCUUGUUCUUGAGAACAUACAAGAUGGAUGAUCUUCUUGUGUCUUGAGAGGACAUCUGAUUGGUAGAAUCUGGUAGAAGUCUAAAAGCGUUGGAUCCUAUUACGUUUGGAUAAUCAGGAAUAAUAACAAGGAUUUUAAAAAAAAUGAUUCACUCUAACACUUACUCAAAUAUUUUUUUUAUUGUUAAUUUUUCUCUAAUACAGUGAAAUCCUGUUACAACGAAUACCGAUACAACGAAAUUUUCGAUACAACGAACAAAAUGUUCAGUCCGGUUUUAAAACGCUUUAAGAUAAUGUAUAAAAAAUCUCAUUUUAAAGAAGAGAUUUUUUCCAAAAAUUCGUUACAAUGAAAUAUUUUUCUUAAAGUCAGUUGGAAUAUUUUGUACAUAAUGCUGUUUUCAAAACUAAAAAACAACUUUCACAAGUCGUUACGUGAAAAUUCCGUACUUUCAACACAGAGGCAUUCAAGGUGGAAAUGCACUCGUACUGAAACGUGGGUUGAUGUGUGGCAACAAAAGCUAGUGUCCAUCCAAGCGCAGGCGAUUUCUGCACACCAAACGCAAGGCACCUUGCAAAUUCAGAAAGGGUUCAUGUGGUCAUAAUGUUUAUCAAUUAGAAUCUUUUAUAAUGUCUACUGGGACCAAAUAUCUCGCAUAAAAGAAAAUAACAACACUUUUUGUGAUGACGACCAAUAAAUAAAAGUUCAGUGUUCAAACUUUUUUUAAGAAUAAUUAAUGUGUUAAUUAUAUUUUAGAUUUUUUGUAACUGUAAAAGUUGCAGAUUUACGUAUAUUAGGGUGUUUGUAAAACUAACACUUUUAUAAAAAUAAAGUAACUUUUUAGACGGUUCCAUUACAAUGAAAUAUUUUAUUGGUCCCUUGGAGUUUGUUGUAACGAGAUUUCACUGUACUAAGUGCAGGGUCAUACUAAAAAGGGAAGACCUGAUGUGUAUCGAUUUUUACCAUCUGUACAAAACAGUUUAAAAGGUUAUUUUACUCAUCCUGUUUUAAAGUGUUCUGAGAUUUUUUUUGUUUUUAAUUGUAGCGUUUAACUUUUCCGUCUUCUUUAGUAUCACCUGUUUUGUGACCUAAAGGAAGAUGCAGAUACAUAAAAAGUGAAUGUGGAAAACAUCUUUUGCAUUCAAUUGUUUUGCAUUUCAUCUGAAAAGGUUUAUAGUACAGUCAAGCACACUUAUUAGAAUAUCGGUUAAAAGAAUAUCCCGCUUAAUGUAAUGCAUUUUCAAUGCACCAAACCGCUGAUGUCUGUUAUUUUAAUCCUGUUUAAUGGAAUAAAUAUGCUUAGUAGAAUAAUUUUUCGUGGAAAAUUGGCUAUUCCAUUAAGACUGUAAAAGAAAAUGUUUUCUCUCGAUACAUGGUUCAAUUUAGGAUCAAAAGUUUUUCACAGCAUUAUCAGUUGCUGUAAUGCAAUAGUGUAUGAUUUUAAGAAAUUUAGUUUGCAACAGGGAUAAGAUUCUUCAGACUUUGCAACUUUCAGACUUAUAUACCUUUUUUAAAAAAAUAACUUUCUCACAUUUUCCCCUCAUUUUUUGUUCAUGCAAAAGUCUCUCCGAGAAGAUUGGCUUAACCUACAUUACACUUUAAAUGAGACCAAUCUUAAGUUCUGCCAAUUUUAUGAAAGAAUCUUCAGUGAAAUACUUCUAUGUUUUGAAAAUGAUGGUGGACGUUCAAGACUUUCUUGUAAUGAAAUUAUUUUUGCAUAUCUAAUUGGGAAAAAAAACAUUUGGGGGAUUUCACCUGGGGUAUGGAAAGACUUGGAAAAAAAAAAGAUGAUUUGAAAUCAAUUUGUUUUUUUAACAAUAAAAGUGGUGGGAAGUUUGGGGGACAACAUCCCCUUUCAUUACAGCACUGUGUAUACCAUUAGGAAUAUUCUGCCUCAUUAAUUUUAUUUGUUAGAAAAGAGCAAACCUGAGUAUUGGGCAUUUUUUAGUUUUGAAUAAGAUUUCAUGCCCCUAUCUUUUUUUUUUUUUUUUUGAAUCAGUUGUAUGUGUAAUAUCAGACUUUUUACUCAGAUAGUACUCUUGUGCCUGUUGAAUAGAAAAAUUGAAUACAACAUAAUGUCAAAAAUUAAGUAUGUACUUACUUAAAUUUAGUUGUUACAUAUGUAUGCACACCACUAGCGCAGCCAGAAAUACCUUCUAGAAGGAGUUUUUGAUCAAAAAUACCUUCUAAAGGGUUUUUUUAAAAAUUAAAAACAGCCCUUUCAUAUGCAUAAACUACUGUAUUAGAAUUUGCAUUUAUAUUAAGACCAAUGUCUCUGGGGGGUUGCCCUCCCCCCCUCUUUGCUGCGCCACUGAUGCAUCACUUAAUCUACAUUUCAAGUUUCUCUUUGCAAGUGCUCACUUGUUCAUUGCAUAAAUUUUGGAAGCCUAUUUUUGAUAAGCUGUGUAUUGUUCAAAAGUAAAAGUAUUUUUAUCAAGAAAUUAUCAUGCCACAAUGCAUUAGCAAGCCUUGGAAAUAUUCUUCACUGUGUUUCUCAUACAUAAAUAUAUUAAUAUUUUUGAAUAGAAUAUUGAGAUGUGUAUUUUUAUAUGUAAAUGUAUUUGUAAAGUUUUAUGUACUUAUGUAAAAUAAACUGCUUUUUUUUCGUA